UCUGCAAUGACAAUUCAACUUGACCUCUUCCAGGAGAACGUCCCUGCUCGAAACGCGCAUCAGUUUCCUAAAAGGGAACGCCUUGCUCUCGAUGUCAAACAUCGUUGAUUAUCGACCUCUGGCUCCUCAUCAGCCCCGCUCUCCAUCCCCUCAAUCAACAUCUCUCACAAGCAGGAGGGACAGAAUUGUCACCACAGAGAGGCAGAGGGCGGCUCGAGCAUGUGACAGUUGUCGUCGAGCCAAGGAAAAAUGUAUUGGAGUUCCAUGUAGACGAUGUGUUCGUCUCGAGCGUCAAUGCGAAUUCAAGAACGUGGGUGUUACGAGACGCACAAUUCCAAAGAAACGCAACUCCAGUCGCUCCGUCGAUGAUGGCGUGGCGCGCGAAUUUCAUGAACGCAUAACUUACCUGGAGCGUAUCAUUAAGCAUUACGCACCCGGCCUCGACUUACGAACGGAGAACCUGCGUCAAAAAGCGCGUGAUCUUGCGCCGGAGGACUUUGAUCCUGCUGAAGACGUCUCAGGCAGCCCAUCGAUCGAUUCCAACGCGGAUGUGACCAUUCAAGAUGAGAGCUGUACUAUAAAUGCUGUCAACGACAUAAUUGCACAUUAUUCGGGGGAGUUUUCCUACUGGAAUUUCUCUAUGCGCCUCAACAAGGAAGUAAAAGACCUGAUCGGCAGCGAAGAUCAGCAAGACAUACCACAUUAUUGGCGAGUGGGACAACUCCAUUCAAGCUCGACUGCUGUGUCAGAAGCGCUUUCCAACCUCCCACCCCUCCCAAUCGCUAAUUUUCUCGUGCACGUCUUCCUCAAACAUGCAGCAAGUAAUUACUUUUACUUUGACUCGCACUGGCUACUGGAGAAGCUGAACAUCAUGUAUGGAAAGCCUCCUGAAUUGACAUCGAAGGACGCUGGUAUUGUGGCAAUCAUACUUGGCGUUCUAGCCAUCGGUACUCAAUACGCGCACCUCGAGUCACCAAGAAAUGUUCGAACACGAAAUGGCCCACAAAGUCACAGAGAAGACGAGCUUGGUGACGUAUUCUACCAACAAGCAGUCCGUUUGUUGCCUGAGGUAAUCCAUCUGGGCUCUCUAGAAAGUGUCCAAGGGUGUCUGCUGUUUGGCUUGUAUGCAUUGCCCAUAGAUGCAUCUGGGCUGGGCUACAUCUAUUUGAAUUUGGCGAUGAAAUUGGCUAUGCAAAACGGGAUGCACCGCCGAACACCAGACCACGUCUUCGCACCGGAAAUGACUGAGAGGCGAAACAAAAUAUGGUGGACAGUGUAUUGUCUCGAAAAAAAGAUAAGUAUUUAUCAUGGUAGACCUAUCUCCAUUCGCCCGUCGGAUAUCGAUGCCGAGUUACCUCGUGAAGAGCCCGAACUGCAGGUGGCAGAACCGUCGUCGAAUAUCUCGAGUUUACUCACAUUGGUAAAGUUGAUGGAUUAUCUUGGGAAGUUCGCGGAUGAUAUCUUGAUGCUCCGUACUGGCCCCAGAUCACAAGCCCCUGAUCUCUUUACACGACUGAAGUCCAGAAGAGAUGAACUCAAACGAUGGUGGGAUGCCUCAUCACUUAAGAGCCAACGCUUGUCACGUUCGCACGUACAUUUGCAACUCGAGUACUGUCUCCUGCGGAUGUUUCUUGGACGACCUUUUCUUGUAGGCCGCGAUGUCCCUGGCCUGAGUCCAGGGGUCGCGUCUGAAGAUCCUAUGAUCCGGGAAAGCACUCUGCCUGAGGGAGAGCGCGAUUGGACACAGCACCCUCAGCGGAAGUCGCGUGCAUCUGCCUUUGUGGAUGACUGUGUCGUAGCUGCAACCGAAGCCAUUGAUCUCUGUCAAUCUCUGCUGGACGAGGGCGCCGGCUUGGCAUCUGUUUCAUACAUUGAGUAUAGUUCCUGCAGGGCCUCCCUCCUUGUUCUCAUCGCAUUUUGCAUCCGGACUCAGACUCUUCAAUACUACGAUCAUCAGCAAAAAGGGCUACAAAUGAUUCGAGAUAUGGCAACCACGGGUGAAUCUGCAAGGCACGAAGUCUUGUUGAUCGAAGCCCUUGAUCGGGCAUUGAAACGCCUCCAUCUCCUGGACCUCAGGAACCAAUCCAACAAGUCCUCCGAGACGCAACGUAAUAUUAACUACGACGACUUUAAACAAUGGGAAACGGCAUGGAAAGCAGGGAGCGCUACGGCAGAGUUGGGACCUUCACAGGGACAACUUGCUUCUAUGACAGCCCAACAACGGUACUCUCAUGGAAUGGACCGACAGGUUCAUGAGGCCAAACAGGUCACUGGAGAUACUGCUAACUUCGCCAACAAGAUGAGAUAUGGGCAAGCGGACCUCGCAAGCAACGAGCCUUAUAUUGUCUCCCAAGACCGGCCGCCCGUCGCACAGGAAAAUACCUUUGUUGACUGGAACAGCAUGCAAGCGGGACCGAAUGUGUUCUACGACCAUAUCGAAGAGCAAUUGUUAGAAAACUUUCUCGCCAUUCCUGAAGAUGAAUUCUCAUUUUCCACAGGAUUGGACACGAGACAGCAAACGGACGCUUUUGGGACCAUGAAUUGGGGUGAAAACUAA